UUACAACUACAACCUCCAGCUUGGUGACACGUCAUGUCAGCAUCUCGACAGUUUCCAGUAUACUUUUCGAUAACGCUCUUUUGUACAAAGAUAUAGCUUCUAUAGCACCUAUACUGUAAGCGGCAGUCGUACAGCACAUAUAGACGUUACUAGAACGACGCACCGGAAGCUUUUUACUCUCGAGGGAGCUCUUCUAUGGUCUGCCCCCCUCCCUCAAAAUUUUGCUUUGGUGGAACAUUUUGAUUUUACAUUACCGUAAAUAUGGGAGAUACUGCGACGACUUCUCAGAGCCAAAGCAAUCCGUUGGCUCGGAAGUUGAACAAGAUUCUAGAAACUCGACUCGACAAUGACAAGGAAAUGCUGGAUGCUCUGGAGGCCUUGUCUCAGUUCUUCGGGGAGAAUAGUCUCCGCAGUCGUCGAAACUUACGAGGUGAUAUCGAACACAGGAGCCUGACCAUCAAUGAGGAGUUUGCAGUUGCUUUUAAAGAAGUGAAAGAGCAACUAGAUGGUAUCCACGAAGAUGUGCGAGCGAUGUCUGAAUGCUGCCAGGAUAUGACGAGCAGACUCAAGGUGGCAAAGGAACAAACUCACGAUCUCAUCAACCAAACCACGAAACUACAGGCUGAAAGCCAGUUACUACAGAUGAAGGCAGAGGUGGCCGACGCUUUCCUGUCCAAGUUCCAGCUGCAGCCGGCUGAGAUGAAGGUCCUCCGGGGCAGUCACAACACCUCCAUGACAGAGGUAGGAACAUACACACACACACACACACAGGUCCUCCGGGGCAGCCACAACACCACCAUGACAGAGUACAAGUUGAAUCGCGGAGCGGAGUGCAGACUGCUGACGGGGGACUCCCUGGAGGUAUCCCCACUGUUAUGUCAGGCCAUGACAGCCCUGCAGGACAGACCUGUCCUCUUCAGGUACUCUUUAGAUGAAUACGGGACUGCCAGGCGCACUGCAGCAGUGAGGGGGUUCAUAGAUGCUUUAACAAGGGGAGGCGCAAGUGGUACACCCCGCCCCAUUGAGAUGCAUUCCCACGAUCCUUUGAGAUAUGUUGGUGACAUGCUGGCUUGGUUACACCAGGCUACUGCAUCAGAAAAGGAGUAUCUACAGGCAGUGCUCAAGAUGGUGCCGGACGAUUGUGUGGAGGAGCCAAUGACUGAAGUGCUGGGGCACAUCACUGAGGGAGUCUGUCGGCCCUUCAAGGUCCGAGUGGAACACGUUCUAGUCGCUGAGCCCGGCCCGGUCAUACUGUACAAACUGGCCAAUUUACUCAACUUCUAUCACCACACAAUAGGUUCAAUCCUACAGGGGUCAGCGAGUCUUCUGGCCACAACUGAUGACAUGCAUCAACUCAGCAAGAAACUCUUCAUGAACAGUCUGAACUGCCAUGCUAGUAAGCUGAUGGAGAAGGUGGAGCUCCCCCCUGCAGAUCUCGGCCCAACUGCAGCCCUAACCCAGACCAUGGCACUUCUGCGGGAGAUCUUGUCGUCCUAUGACUCUUCUGUGGUCCCCCUUGACGCUCGGAGGACUGAUUUUACUGAGGUCCUGUCCUGUGUGGUGGACCCACUCCUACAGAUGUGUGCCAUGUCAGCCAGCCAGCUCAACCCAGCAGACAUGGCCACCUACAUGGUCAACUGUCUCUACAUGAUGAAGACCACACUCUCUCUCUUCGAGUUCACAGACCAGCGUCUGGAGAUGUUGUCUGCUCAGGUUGAUGCCCACUUAGACACCCUUGUGAAUGAGCAGGCAUCCUUCACAUUAAGCCAUGUUGGGCUGGCACACAUGUACAGUGUAGUACAGCAACACCAGCCGCGGGAGGGCCCCUUGUCAGCUGUGCAUGGGCUGGAUAGAAACUCCAUUAAGACUGCUAUGAAACACUUUGAUGCCUUCCUAGCCUCACCUGAUGAUCUGGUCCUCCCACAAUGCAAGUUCUUGUUAAGUGCAACACUGAGGGAUGUUGUGGAUAAGAGAAGCAUGGACGUGAUUCGCCAGGUGUAUGAACAACUGUACGAGGCAGUGACAGAUUCAGCCAACAAGUAUGAGGACCCAAAUGACAUCAUGCAGCGGACACCACAGCAAAUCAGACAGCUCUUGUCCUAGUUCUUUUAAUAGUAAUUAGCUAUCUUAAUAGUUAUGUUUAAAUUUCAUUCCACACACCUUGAUAGACUGUGUCCAAGUAGACACUAUCUGUUCAUAUCUGCUAUGAGAAUAUAUGUACAUAUCAAAAUCAGUAAUCUGACAAAGUUUUGCACAUAUUGCAAUUGCAGGUAGUAACCAUCUUCUGUAGUAACUGCUGGCUCAAUUUUUUGCUUGUGGUUUGCAAGCAAAAACAAGGAAGUGAAAAGAUUAAGACAGCGGUUAAUAUUACAAGCUAUUUCUAAUGUGGGUUGCGGGAUUAAAACUAUAUUUAUUUUUGGUUACGUACUCUAAGAUGUCAGCCAAUGGAUAACGAUCAGUUUAAAAUUUUCUUGACACUUAUAGUGGUGGUGUUAAGAGCGAGAAAUGUACUAUCCAUUUCUAUGAUGCAUUCAUGUACUAGUACAUGUAUGGGACUUCAUACAGGGUUGACUUUCACGGCAAUGCCUUACAAUAGCAACCCUGCCUUUCCAGCCUCAGAAAUAUGGUUUAGGGGCACGGCCACUAAUUAACUGUUUUAGCCAAUCAAAGAAAUGCCUUCAUGUUGUCCAAAGGUGACACAUUAAUAAUCAAGAGCAAGAUGACAGUCCCGGCAUAACAUUUCAGUUUUUUUAGCAUCCGGACUUGUUUAUCUGGUACCAAAUUUACGAUUUGUCGGUUCUGUGGGUAAAGGGCAACCACCGAAUACCGGCCGAGCAUACAAAGAAAAAAUUAUCAUCAAUGAAAAAUUUGUUCAAAAUGUGCAAUCUGACGCCCCUUAUACCAUUUUUCUGAGGCUGGAAAUGCAGGGUUGAUAUCAAGAGGCAUAGCCCGGCGCUAGUCAAACACGUGUGGGAGGGUGUGUUGGACUUAUUAUGCAAAAAUAAUUCAUGGCCUUCAUGACCCAAAUAAUUUAUAAUGUAUGACAUUGUGUGAAAUAAAAGUUGUCAAUGUUUCUAUUCAUAAACAAG